AUGAAAAAAGAAUUAUUUUCAUCUGUAUUAAUUAACAAUUCAUAUUUAAAACAAUUGAUAUUCAAUCUUGUUAAUAGCUUAAGUAGAGAGGAUGGAUUAAACAUUAGUGGUGAUAUGGUUCAAUCAGUUUUCAAAUGGGAUGAAGUGAUAUUUACUCCUCAUGUUUUAGCAGGUAAUGGAUAUUUCAAUCUAUUAAAAGAAAGAAUAAAUAUAAAUUUACAUUCAUUAUAUGACCGAAUCUUUACCAAUGCAUUGAGAGGUUCAGGCUCAUUGGAAUUGGUAGAAUUCAUGUUGAAUCGAUUGUUGUCAGAUGAAAACAACUAUUAUAAUAUCAAUGAUCUGUUGGCUGAAGCAAUAGCAUAUAAUCGACUUGAUGUAGUUAACUAUAUAUUAGACAAGUACUCCCCCGGAGAUGAACAUAUCCAGUUAGAUAUCUACAGGGCUAUGGCUACCACUCCGAUCUCUGGUGAUUUAAAUCUAUUGAAACGGUUGAACAGCAUGCUGGAUAGCAACUUUGUUUUGGAUCCUCUUCUAACAACAACGGUUUUCGAUCGUGCUGCACUCGUAGGAAAUAUAGAUUUUAUCGCAUGGUUGAGAGAGAAUCGAUCUCAGGAUUUAGAGCAUUCCGAUAUGUAUCCAAGAGCAAUAAAAGGUGGACACUCCCAUGUCGUAGAGUAUCUUAUCAAUAGCUUUGGACUGAGAGAAACUAGUAAUAAUGGAUAUCCACAUUUGGACUUGGCUGCUGAAUUAGAUCAAUUCAGUAUUUUAAAGCUGUUGUAUCAACAUGGAAUAAGAAUGGUUACAGAGAGUGCAAUGAACACCUCAGCCUCCAAUGGAAACAUUAAUAUUUUGUGUUGGCUCAAUGAUAAUACAACUGGGUGGUGCACAGUCGAUGCAAUGGAAGAUGCCGCUUACCAUCUUUAUAUCGACGUUGUCAAGUGGUUGCAUAACAAUAGGACUGAAGGUUGCUCAACGACUGCAAUCGAUAGGACUGCAACCAGAACUGAGCCAGCUGCACUCGAGAUGAUUAAAUGGUUGUUGGAGAAUAGGAGUGAAGGUUGCACUGACCUUGCGAUGUUCCAAGCGGGCAUUGGCGGCAAUUUAGAAACUGUGAAAUUCCUCAAUGAGAAUACAACGGUUGGAUACACCGAUGAUCUCUUUACAUAUUGUGGUCGAACUGAUAGUGUCGAAAUCAUAGAUUAUCUAAAUAACAAUUCGAAUCUAUUCGACGUUCCUCAAAUACUUGUUGAUGAUAUCGAUACGAUUUUCGAUGCUGAGAGUGUCAAAACUUUUAAUUGGUUCUUAGACAACUUUCAAUUCACAAAAGAACAACUAAUAUAUCUGAAAAAUGAGCAUCCACGUUCAACCAAAAUCAACCAAAUAAUAAAUGAAAAAUAUUUAUAA